AUGGUUUGCUUGAAAUUGUUUUGUUGCUCAGAGAAUUGUUUUUGUCUCCUCUGUGCCAUUCUGCGCAAAUCUCGCGAAAACACCAUGAAAAACCACUGGUACGAAGAUUUGCGCAGAUUGGCAGAGAAUCGACAGGCAAGCGGAGGUGCGGCACUCUAUCAGACCUCCAUCAGCACCUCUAUCGACAUGCAUUGGCAUUUACACGUACGUCGAUCGAUUUGGAGUGUUUGGAAUGGAUUGCGAGCCAUUGUUUUGCUGCUACGAGAUUUGCGAAGGGUACGUACACAUGCACUGACGUCAGUCACGGUCACUCGUGACUCAGGGGGGAACAUCGAAAUUCCAUAA